UGCUGUGUGUAUCAUGAUGGCCUGAGAGCAGCUCAGGGUCAUACCUACAUGGAAGUGAGUGCAGUUUAGUGGCUCAUUUCUUUUGCUGACUGUGUUCUUGGAUUGGACCUCUUCAUGGGCACUGCGGAGGACUUAUGGCAGCAGCAGCCUGAUGCAUAACAGUGACUGAGUGGAUCUCUAUGCCAACACUUCAUCUGCCAGUGUAUUUAACUUUAUGAGCUGAGGAAUUAUCCGGCUGCACCUCCUCCUAUCGCAGCACCAUGCCCUCCCCCUCCGACUCCAGCAGCGUGGCGUCGGGCUCCAGAGGGUGGUCUGACAGCCGCAGGGGCAUGUCGGCGAGGGGCAGCGCUCGUUUGCUGCUGUACCUGGGACUGUGCCACUUGGGUCUAGGCGCGAUGGUGCUGGCGUUCUCCUUCACCAGUAUGGCCUUCACCUCCUCGGCCCGUGUCAGACAGUCCUGUCCCUUCUGGGCGGGCUUCUUUGUGGUUGCAUCAGGAAUAGUUGGGAUCAUCUCUUGGAGGAGACCAUUGACUUUAGUGGUGUCUCUGUUCAUGCUGCUGUCCGCGGUGUGUGUGAUCCUGAGUCUAGCGGGCUCCAUGCUCUCCUGUCAGAACGCGCAGAUGGUCAAGAACAUGCUCACCUGUCAGGUGGAGAACGGUCUGUGCGUGUGCUGUGCCCCCACUCACUCCUGCUCCAUCACAGAAGAGGAGACGCUUGUCCUGUAUCUUAACGCAGACUGCCACUCUGUGCGACAUCAGCUCAAAGAUCUUUUGUUCAGCGCGUGUGGCCUCAGCAUCCUCUCUACCAUCAUCUGUACUCUGUCCACUGUCACCUGCAGCAUUCACAUUUUCUCCCUGGACCUCGUGCACCUGCUCGCUCCACAUCGCACUCGUUCUGUCAACCCAGAAUGCACCACUCCACAGGACGCCUUUCUCACCAACAUCAUGGACUUUGAGGAGUUUGUCCCGCCAAUCCCCCCUCCCCCGUACUACCCUCCAGAAUACACCUGCAGCUCAGAGACAGAUGCACAAAGCAUCACUUAUAAUGGGUCCAUGGAGAGUCCAGUUCCUCUCUACCCCACGGACUGCCCUCCUCCUUAUGAAGCAGUGAUGGGACAGAGAGCCGCCAGUCAGGGAACCAUGUUUGACGCAAAUGGAGCUGAGGUUUCUGGCGAGAGGGCGACAUCCACGGCCUUUAGUGGUGAAGUCUCAAUGGACAGUGGAUCCCUGCUCAUGUCUGAGAUUGUGGACAUCCCAGACGACUCCUCCCCCUCAGAGGACUCCUGUCUGAUGGAGGUGGGCUUGAGGACCCACAGGGAGCGGAGCGUGAGGAGCACCAGUGAGGGGGACACGGGUGACGGCAGCACCUACAUCAGCUUCCGAGGACCCCCAUCCCAAACGCCAGAGAGCCCACUGGCUGGAGGGCCCCGAGCGAGGAGGUUUCUGAGGUCAGAACGAUCCAACUCCUGCUCCUCCCCCAGCACGGCGACCAUUACAUACAGGUCUCCAGUGUCACGUCGUCAGGCUUUAUUAACCAGCAGCUGCUCCCAGUUGGAGGCUAUGGGCGCCUCUCUGGGCCCACAUCAGUCUACUGUCCCAGAGAUCCAAGUCCAGCCCUCCACCCCCUCCACCCAGGGAACAGGACGGACCCCAUCUCCAGCAGACAGUAAAAAGACUCACCAGAGCCAGGGGGCAGCUCAUAACUUCCCCCUGUAUUUGAGACGGAGAGCGGGGAAAGGUGAUGGAGCCGGAGGGAGAAAGAGGGAGAAUGAAGCAUUUCUUGGUCUGGUGAGGUCUCAUAGUGAACCUGGAAUCGCUUCUUCUACAGAUACAGUUGAUUUUGGAUCUGGAAGCAGUAAAGAGGCUUUCCACACCUCAACUGACACUGCUCCAGGAUCUGAAGCCUGCCUGUUGCCUCGUGUCUCUCCCACUGCGGCUGCUCUGCCCCGAAAAGGCAGCGUCAAAGCAGUGUCCACGGGAGGACAUGUCCCCGCAAAACCCUCACCCACCUCCCCACGACGCCUACCCAAAGACUGCCACCGAUCUCUUGGGGAUCUUAAGGUGACCCGAGUUUUGAUGGCUCGCUUUCUUCAGCGCUCUAAACGUAACUUAGCGCCUUCUACUGAGCAUGCGAUGAAUAACACGCAAGGACCCAAGAGGAGGGGAGGGUCUGAAGGAACUGGCCCGAACCACGGUCCCCCAGAGCAGGUAUCGAGAGCCCCUUGGAACACCACCCGAGCACAUCCUAACCAGCGUCAGUCUCAUCACCGCGGACACCACCAUUCCCAUAGCGACAGUCGACACAACCGCGCCCACAGCAGCCACGCCCCCGAGGGAAUACACCUGCGCAGCUGUGGAGACCUAAGCUCCUCCUCCUUUGCAUCGCUACGGCGACUAGUGACUCCUCAUGGGUCGUCUGGAGCGCUGUACUCAGAGUCUGCACUGUGAAAGUGAAGGAGGGACAGAGUCUUAAAUAACAUUCAGUGGAAGGACAUAAAACUGAUGCCUCUCCAUGUCUGUUCAUUUUCUAAGCUAACAGCCUUAUAAAGUGGUGCUUUCAUUACAAACUGAGUCACUGGAUGUACACAUCAGAUAAAUCCACUCACAGUCAUUGGAUGAAGAUAAACUAGAAGAAACUUAAUGUGCUAAUCUUACCAGCCUCUUAAGUCUUUAAUCAUCUGAAAACUCUAAUGAUACUUGUGCGUUUUACACUCUGCACAUGUUAUUGCUUUUUAGGGCAUGGCACUGAUGAAUUAUUUGAAAAUCAAGUUUUGUCUUCCAUCUUUUGCAUCUUUUCAAAAAAGCCCCAGAAUGUUAUAAAUGAAAUUAAAGUUCACUGUGUAACUUUUCUGAUGGAGGGUUGACGUCAUGCUUUGUCUAGAAUGUUUACAGUAUAAUAAACCAUAUGUAACUGAAAUGCUCAAAAGAUCCUUGAAAAACAUGCAUUCUCACUGUGAUUGGGCUUGCCUCUUCACAGAUCUGAACUGUAACUUUGCAUGGUAAUAGAUUACUUUAAUGCUAUACUGUGGAACAUUCUAGACAAAGCAAGAACAUUGAUAUGGAGAAAAGCAGGUGACCUUCCACCAGAACAGUUACACAGUGAACCUUUAAAUAACAAAGCCUCACUGUACCAUAGUAAACAUUACUUCAUCGACUCAUUUUGAGUGGCUUUGAUUUGACCUGAUUUCAAAAACACUCGACACAUAGACUCAGUGUGUGAUUUUACAGGGGCUGUGAUGGUUUCCUUUACCUCUGUGCAUGUUCUGCUAUAAACACUGGCACUUUGUGCAUUAGGUCCCAGCUGUCUUUGUAACUGCAAGUUAAGAUGUUGUUUGAAAGCCCUACACCUGCAUGUUUUCAAAAUGUUAAAUACCCUAUUUAUAUUCUGUGCCCUCUACGGUGGUGGUGAUGGUGACUGUUUGAAAAGUGGCAGAGGUCACACUGAUGAGUUUUGGCCAGAUGGCUCUGGACAUGUGCAUCUUUAAUACUUUCAGUUGGUGUUUGGACAAUAAAUAAUAAAUAUUCACCUACAAAGCCUUCUAAAGGUUCACAGGAUGGUAACGAUGUGACUUGUUCUGCUCGCUGCAGGAUUAAAACAUUCUGGCAAUAAUGUAGAAACCCUUUCAGGGUCCACCCUCAUGGGCACUGGUCCUUAGGCUGUGGAUGCACCAGUGACUGAACCUCACUGUAUUUUGUGUUUAAGAUGUGAAGUUUUUCUUUGGAAUGUUAAGUGCAGAUUUAGGCUGGAUCAGAUGUUAAAGUGAACACAGCUGUACAGACAGAGACACUUAAUUGUAUAGGCUCUGAGAUGUGUUUCUACCUCCUGUCUUGCAAAAACAUAAUUUAUUAAUAUAAAUGUCUAUGGCAGGCUUAAAAUAUAAGACUCUGGAAUCUGUAAAUGUAUAAAUAUGACAAGUUUAAGAUUUUAAA